UCGGAACAGGGAAGCCUGCUGACGUUACUUAGCUCCAUUUAACAGCUUUUCAUGCGCAGCGUUUGACUUUGGAAACCAAAAAAAGAUGAACUUUGCGGAGGGAGACGGCUCUAAGAGAUACUGCAUUCGAGGGAAGCACGUGGCCAUCAUCUGCGCGGCGGUGGCGGCCGUAGGGUUGAUAGUGGGGCUGUCGGUGGGCUUGACCCGGUCGUGCGGCCUCCCCGAAGGGGCCCCUUCCGAGGCGCCCCCNCGAGGCCCCCCCACCGCGAGCCCUCUGCCCUGCCCCCCCAGCGACGAUGACAGCGGAGCCUGGAGGAACUUCAGGCUGCCGGACUUCAUCACGCCCGUGCACUACGACCUGCAGGUGAAGCCCGAGAUGGACCGGGACACCUACACCGGCACGGUGAGCAUCGCCAUCAACCUGACGGCGCCCACGCGGCACCUGUGGCUGCACCUGCGGGAGACCAGGGUGAGCGCGCCGCCGCUGCUCGCGCGGCCGUCGGGGGCGCCGGUGNGCGUGCGCCGCUGCUUCCAGUACCGCCCGCGCGAGUUCGUGGUGCUGGAGGCGGCGGAGGAGCUGCCGCCCGGCGGCGCCGCGGGGCUCUACCGCCUGAGCCUGGACUUCGCCGGCCGCCUCAACGGCUCGCUCGUGGGCUUCUACAGGACCACCUACGUGGAGAAAGGCCAAGUCAAGAGCAUAGCAGCCACUGAUCAUGAACCAACAGAUGCCAGGAAAUCCUUCCCUUGUUUUGAUGAGCCCAACAAAAAGGCAACUUAUACGAUAUCUAUCAUCCACACCAAAGACUAUAAGGCACUUUCAAAUAUGCCAGUGGAGAAAGAAGAGCCGGUGGAUGAUAAAUGGAUUCGAACAACGUUCCAGAAGUCUGUCCCCAUGAGCACUUACCUGGUGUGCUUUGCUGUGCAUCAAUUUCAUCCCAUAGAGAGAAAGUCAAAGAGGGGAAUACCUCUUACUGUGUAUGUCCAGCCAGAGCAAAAGCACACAGGUGAAUAUGCUGCCAACAUAACUCAAAGUGUGUUUGAUUAUUAUGAAGAAUACUUCGCUAUGGAGUACGCGCUUCCUAAAUUAGAUAAGAUCGCUAUUCCAGACUUUGGCACCGGAGCUAUGGAGAACUGGGGGCUCAUCACGUACAGAGAAACAAACCUGCUCUAUGACCCCCAGGAAUCAGCCUCAUCAAACCAGCAGAGGGUGGCCACAGUGGUUGCCCACGAACUUGUGCAUCAGUGGUUUGGAAACACUGUGACCAUGGACUGGUGGGAAGACUUGUGGCUAAAUGAAGGCUUCGCUUCCUUCUUUGAGUUCCUGGGAGUAAACCAUGCAGAAAAAAAUUGGCAAAUGCGGGACCAGAUGUUGCUUGAAGAUGUGCUUCCUGUACAAGAGGAUGAUUCUUUGAUGUCUUCACACCCAAUUGUUGUCACCGUGACCAAUCCUGAUGAAAUAACAUCUGCCUUUGAUGGAAUAUCCUACAGCAAGGGAGCUUCCAUUCUGAGGAUGAUUGAAGACUGGAUAACACCACAGAAAUUUCAAAGAGGAUGUCAGAUUUACUUGGAAAAAUACAAAUUUAAGAAUGCAAAAACUUCAGAUUUUUGGGCAGCACUUGAAGAGGCAAGUAAUCUACCAGUGAAAGAAGUAAUGGACACCUGGACCAAACAGAUGGGCUAUCCUGUCCUUGAUGUGAAAGACAGGACCGUCAAACAGAAACGCUUUCUGUUGGACCCAAGAGCUAAUCCUUCUCUGCCACAUUCAGACCUUGGUUACACAUGGAAUAUUCCAGUUAAAUGGAGUGAAGAUAAUGUGUCCAAUGUUUCAUUCUACAACAGGACAGAAACAGGAGGAAUAACUUUGAACUCUCCUAAGCCUGGUGGAAAUGGUUUUCUCAAAAUAAACCCAGAUCACAUUGGGUUUUAUCGUGUAAAUUAUGAAGUACCAACUUGGGAACUGAUCGCUACCAAUCUUUCCUCCAACCGUGAGAGUUUUUCUUCUGCUGAUCGUGCAAGUCUUAUUGAUGAUGCUUUUGCCUUGGCAAGAGCUAAACUUCUAGAUUAUAAAGUGGCUCUGAACUUGACCAAGUAUCUCAAUACGGAAAAUGACUUUUUACCAUGGCAGAGAGUCAUUUCAGCUGUAACCUAUAUCAUUAGCAUGUUUGAAGAUGAUAAAGAGCUAUACCCUGUGAUUGAGGAGUACUUCCGAGGUCAAGUGAAGCCGGUUGCAGACUCUCUGUCAUGGAAUGAUUCUGGAGACCACCUCACAAAGUUACUCCGUGCCUCUGUGUUGGGGUUUGCCUGCAAGAUGGGAGACAGCGAAGCCUUGGGCAAUGCUUCCCAGUUAUUUCAGCUGUGGCUCACCGGGAACGUAAGGAUUCCUGUAAAUCUCAGACUUCUGGUGUAUCGGUAUGGAAUGCAGAAUUCUGGCAAUGAGACUUCAUGGAACUACACUCUUAGUCAAUAUCAGAAAACUUCAUUAGCUCAAGAAAAAGAAAAGCUGCUGUACGCAUUAGCCUCAGUCAAGAAUAUUACUCUUUUGUCAAGGUAUUUGGAUUUGCUCAAGGACUCAAACCUUAUUAAAAGUCAGGAUGUGUUUACGGUCAUCCGAUAUAUCUCAUAUAACAGCUAUGGGAAGAGCAUGGCUUGGAACUGGAUACAGCUCAACUGGGAAUAUCUAGUCAACAGAUUCACACUCAAUGACAGAAGCCUUGGCCGGAUUGUCACGAUAGCGGAGCCAUUCAACACUGAACUCCAGCUCUGGCAGAUGGAGAGUUUUUUCAAAAGAUACCCAGAAGCUGGAGCAGGAGAAAAACCGAGGGAGCAAGUGCUGGAAACCGUGAAAAACAAUAUUGAAUGGCUAAAGCAAAAUAGAGAGAGCAUAAGAGAAUGGUUUUUGGGAUUACGUCGGAAUGGUUAAUGUGUUCAAGUAGCAUUUUAAUUUUGUAAUCUGUUGUUUCUACUAUUAAGCAUUUGGUGACCUAAUUUACAAGCACUGUGGAAGGAACCUUAUACACAGAUACUGCUUUUGCUAAGUAUUAUGUUUUGCAAAGUUUUAUAUUGUCCGCCUUUGUUUAUGAGGGAAGAUGCUAAUAGGCUAGUUAACAUACUCAGGGAUUUCUUCUAAGUGUACUUCAUAGGAGAUUCUUUACAAACUGAAGAGAAUUUAAUAGCCAUUUUAAAUGUCUUUAAAUAUCAUUCUUUGUAUCUUAAAUCUGUGAAAAUAGAACAGUUUGGUCUUAGCUUUACAUUUUUAGUACCAAAGAAACACCACGAAUCUUUUCUCUUGAUUGAUUUUUAAAGUUUGAAUAACAGUGCUUGAGGGGGACCAAUAUUACCAUCUUAAUUUUUAUUUUAUGAUUCAGAAUUAUACAGGUCUAAUACCAUUUUAUUCACAUAUGUCUUAUUCUUGUAAAUCUUACCAAAGUAACGGGGCUUAUAUUUUACUCAAGGAUUGCAUGAAUUAGCCAAAGAAAUGGCUAACUGUUGCCUUUGCUCUUAUAAAAUCAAUAAGAGAACUAUCCACUCCUUUUUCAAAAUAAAUCUGAAUGAUAACCUUGAAAAAAUG